AUGAUUGAAAUUCCUGAUUUGGAUGACAACCCUGCUUCCAACUAUACCAAACAGUAUAAUGAAUUUGAAGAUUUCCACGAUAAUGACGAUAUCAACAAUAUAAAUGAUUUGAAUAACUUUCACAUAAAUGAUCAAGAUGAAGAUGAACUUGAAGAUCAACAACGAUUUAAGAAGUUCCAGUUCAAUGGGAAUGGCAAUGGACACACGUUGAAUUCCAUAAAUGAUUUGAAUAAUUUACAGCAAAGUAUUGAAAAACUCAAUGAGGAACUCGAAGAAGAAGAAUUACCUUUAGUACCACCUAAUCAGAAUUUCGAAUACCCUUUGGUAUCAAGUUCAAGCCAAGAAUACAACUCAAAGAUAUCGUUACCGUUAACCGAAGAUUCGUUCGAUAAUCAUGUGAUCGAAUUGAAUACUGCUAAGGCAUUACAUGUUAAACAAAAUUCUAUAGACAAUCAAGAUAGGUUACAGUUCAAACUUCAGGAAUCACCUAUGAUCAAAGAGAAAGAAAGGUACAUACAUCUAGAUUCAUUGGAACAAGUUGAUGAUAAUAUCGAUGAGGAACCAGAAUAUCACCAGGAUCAACUUGACCAGGAGCAACUUAACCAGGAGCAACUUAACCAGGAGCACCUUAACCAGGAACAACUCGGGCAUCAACCCUCACAUCAACCUUCACAAGGUCAAUUCUAUAAUUUCAAACCUGAAAAUGAAACCGAAGAAAGAGAUAUACUCAAUGAUUUAACGAUAUCUCCUAAUAACAUCGCACAAUUAGGUUCUCCUAUAUCCCAUAUAGUUCCAAGAGAUCAUACUAAACCGUCACCACAAUUACCACCACCAAUAUCCACAGCUUCAUUACAGAGAUUGACAUUAUCUAAUGGUGAAGAAUAUAUGAAUUUACGUAAAGGGUUGGCCACUGAUUUAAAAUCGCCGGCUGAAUAUACCCUUCAUAUAGUAUUCACCCAAUUUGUUCGUCAUGCUGAAAGAAAAUUGAAUUUGUGUCUUGAAUAUUCCAUGCAACAAGAACCUCAGGUAAUUGAAUUGUUAGCUGAAGGUAAUGGAGAUGAUCAGUUUGAUAACAUCAUUUCCUCAUUAGGUUAUAUAGCUAGACAAAAACCUAAACCAAUGAUUGAUUCGGUGAUGUUCUGGAGGAAAUCUAAGAGCGAGGUAGCAUCAUUAGCAGCAGCUGAAGUCGAAAGAGUACUUAUGAAUGCCAAAACUAAUUUAUCUAAAAUGAAUCAAUUUUCACCAUCAAAUCCUGGGAUUGUUAAAAAUGGUGUGAAUGGUAAUGGUACUAAACUGAAAAGAAGUUUGAGUUUAAUGAGAAGUAAAAGUCUUUCUAGAGUGGCAGCAAGAGAUCAUAGAAGAAAUCAAUCAGCGUCGUCAGUAAAUCCUUUACCAGAAUCCGACACAGAAGAAGAGUUUUUAAAACAAAAAGCAUUUUAUGAUGAUCAGUUUAAUCAAGCCAGAGAAACUGCUAUACAAGCCGAAAGAAAAUCAUUAGCAUCAAUUUAUAUUUUAUGUAGAGUUCUUAUUGAACUUGUCAAACAAACAUCUUCAGAAAUCAUGGGAGAUGAUUUAGGAGGUAAAUUAGAAGAAAUUGUUUAUACACAAUUGAAGACCACAGAUCCAAUAACCACAUCAGAAUCAUUAUUAAGAUCAGCUAAUUGGAAUUUAUUUGCUGAAUUAUUAGGUCACAUGUCCCAUAAGCGAUUUUUAAGUGUUAGUGAUAGGUUCAUCGCCGAUUUAGAGAAAAUCCCCGUUAAUAUUGAUCAUGAUGAUGAACCAAGAUUACAUUUAUUGAUUCAUGGAAUGAGAUAUUUGAAGUUAACAAAUUAUCCUUUAGAAGUAUUUGAAGAAAGUGCCGAGUUCAUUGAUUCUUUAGGUAAAUUCUUCAAUAAUGCACAAAACGAAUUGAUUAUUUUAGCUUAUUGUGAAGUAUUAUCGAGUCUUUUAUUACCAUUAGCUAAUAUCUUAACAGCAGAAACUAAUCAUCCAACAUGGACUCAUGCUAUUGAAAAAAUCUUCAACAAAGCAUAUCUCAUAUGGAGUAAAUGUAAUAAAUCUUAUUCAACAGCCAAUUCAAAUAAUGAAAACAAACCUUCAAAUUCAAGUAUCAUAAAUUUAUCACCAAAUGCUGGUAGUUCUAGCGUUAAUACAGCUAUAUCUAAUAGUUGGGAUUGUUCAAUCAAUUUGAUCACGGCUUCGUUAUCAGUAUCUCAUAAAGAAUUAUUCCAAAACAUUUGGUUUGAUAUAAUUGAGCAGAAUAUGUUCAAAUUAAGACCUAAGGUUGAAGUUGAAGAGAAAAUCACUUUCAUUACUUGUAUUGAUAGACUUCUUUGGGUUUACAUAUUCCGUUUGAACGAUACUUUGAAUAAUACCAUUAAGAAGUUGGAUAAUUUAUUCCAAUUACUUUUCUUCAAUAAUAUUGCUACCAACAAGAAACAACAAUGGAUAACUUCCGAUAUCUAUCUUAUAAAUUCAUUGAUUGAAUUACUUAGAAUCGUAGGUUACAAGCAUUUGAAUUACAUUUUAGAUAAUGUUAUAGUGAAGUUAUUGAAAUUGAGUUUCAAUGGUUUGACCUUGGAAAAUUUACAAUGUGAAAAAGUUAUCUUGGUAGUUAAAAGUUAUUUGACCAUAAUAAAGGAUAAUGAAAUCAAUAAAAGACCAGAGUUCCCUACUGAUGAUAAAUUGAAUCAAAGAUUAAUUGAAGAGAAACAAACCAAAACCAAGCAUAAGAAAUCACCUUCAAUGAAGUUGGAAACCAAUGAUUUCUCCUUUUCGGCUAAAAAUCCCGAUAAUCACUUAACUCAUGAAGAAAUUUGUAAGAACUUUGGAUUAUUAUUGAAAUUGUUAGAUAAUCAAUAUGGAUGUGAAAUCUGGAAAGAUAUCAAUGGAUCUCAAACUUCUACACCAUUAUCAUCAACAUUUUCCAAAACUCAAUCACCAUUUUCAGCUUUCCAUUUUGGUAUUGAUUUUUCUUAUCAAGUAACUAAGAACCUUCAUUUGGAGUUAUUUGCUACUUUAAUUGAUUCCAUUCCUUGGACUAUGGUACCUAUUAACAAUGAGAAUAAUUCAAUUUGUGGUAUUCAAUUUAAAACCAUUAUUGAAAUCUUAACCAGAAACUCCAUCCAUUCUAAUUUCAGAAUAGCUAAUAGUUCAAUCAAUAGUUUGAAAAAAUUAGCUUCAAAGAAAAAUCCUAUAAGUUUGAUGAAUCAUUUCGGUAAGAUAGCUUUCCAAUUUAGUGAAAAACCUAAUCCUAAUUAUAAUUCAAAUUAUCUUAAUUCAAUUGAAUUCCAAAAACUACUUAAACUUUAUGUUGAAUUAUUAAACUGUUGGUUGAAACUGUUCAAACAGAGCAACCAAACAAAGAAUAAUAGUUUCACUCAUCCAUUAUCUCAAGAUGAUGAAUUAAUGAGUAAAGAUGUUUUGAAUGAUUUGUAUCAAAUCAACUAUAAAACUGAUGAUUUGGGUUUAAAUAAUUCAACUUCCAGAACUUCAACCGAUAAAUUACAAUGGAAAGAUAUAAUUACUUCAAUUGAAGAUAUUGAAGGUAAUGGAUUAUUCUUCUUAUGUAAUCAAGAUCCAAAAAUUCGAUAUUUUGGGAUUUCAAUUUUAAGAUUAAUUGAACAAUUUGAUCAAGAAAUCUAUAAUAUCACUGAAAAACCAAUAAUUGAAGAUUCAAGUAGUGAAAAUCAUCUGAAAACUCAUUCUCGGUCAUCAUCAAAAUUUGCUGCUGAUAGUGGUACUAGAUUGAUAAAUAUUUUGGAAAAUCAAGAUUUUUUGGAACUUAUCAAACCUUUCCGAUCAGAAUUAAGUGUUCCUGAAAGGAAUAGAAUCAAUAAGUUGAAAUUUAAAAAAUCUAUCCUAAUUAGGUUAGCUGAAUCAGAUUAUGGUAUAGACACGACAUUAUGGUUUAGAAUUUAUCCUAAAUUAUUAGACAUUUUCUUUGAAAAAUGUCCAAUGCCUGUAGCUAUUUGUAGAUCAAUUGUUUGUGUUCGUUUGGUACAAAUGCAUGAACAAAUAUUUGACUAUUCUGAAAGUUAUAAUAAAAAUUAUACUUCAUCAUUAUUUUCAAAACCUUCAAAUGAAGUAGCACCUGAAGUUUUAGUUGACCAAUGGAGAUUAUACCUUAUUUUUGUUUGUUGUUCAUUGACUUCAACUAAUGAACAAAAGAUAUCUUUCCCUUCACAACCAACUCAUGGUAGAAAACGGUCAAUGCAAAUAUUUAUUCAACAUCAAAAAAUCACCAGUGCUAAAUCGAUUUUCAGAAUGGUUCUUCCAUUAUUGAAGAGUCAACAAGUAAUGGUUAAAGAUUCGAUUAUUUCGGGGUUGAGUUGUAUCAAUAUCAAUAUUUUCAAGACUUUACUUGAGAAUGUUCAAUCUACGUUAAACGAUUGGGAUGAAAAUUUGAAGAAAAGAGAUAUUAAUGAAGAUAGAUUAAGAAUUGAACUUAUUAAUAUCCUUAGUAAGAUAACUGCUAGAUUUUUAAAACAUAGUAUUAUUUAUGAUGACGAUUGGAUUAUAGCCAAUUUGGUAUCAAUUAUCAAAACCGUGAAGAAUUUCUUAUCGAAUUCAAAUAUUCAAACCGAUAUAACAUUCCAGAAAUUAAGAAGAUAUUUCUGUAAAUUCUUGGAAAAUGUUUUCAUAGGUUUGGAGAAUAAGAAUAAAUUAAAUCGUUGGUUACCAUUUGAAGCUAGAAUUGGAUGUUUCAAUUAUUUAAAAGAAUGGUGUGGUUUAGGUGAUUCAAAGAAUUUAACUGAAGAAAGGUACCAAACGAUGUUAGAUAAAUCUAUAACUAAAGACUUAGCUACUUCGGCAGCCAUUUUAGAAGUUGAAAGGAAACUUUUACAAUUUUCAACUUUAAGUUGUAUGGCAACUAUUUGUUCAGGUAAUAUUGUUGAAGAAUUUGAUGUUCCUACUAAUAAUGAUCUCCAUAAUAGUUUUGCUGUUAUGUCAUUUGAUACUCCAGGUUUAAUGAAAUGGAUCAAUUCAUUACUUUGUUCCAAUUCAGAUAAUAUUCAUGAUUUAGGUAAAAAAGCUUUAUCAAACAUUUUGAAGUUGAAUCCUGAAAAUACUGAAAUCUUCCAAGAAGUUUUAUCCCAAUGUUAUAAAUCUCAAGAUAAUCCAAAGACAACUGAAAGUUAUUACGUAACAUUUGUAAGUUUUUUAAUGGAAAACAAAAAAUUUGUUAGUAGCCCUGUUGGGUUGUACUGCUUAGUAACUUUUUUGAUUGGUGAUGAUAAUUUACUCAUCAGAAGUUAUUCUAUGAAACUUUUAACUUUCAUGGAAUCCAAAUUUCAUAAUUCCGAUUCAGUCAAAGUAUUUGCUAGAAGUGUUAAUAGUACUAAUAGAGUGGUUUAUAAGAAAGCUUUAUUUGAAAUUUCCGUUCAUUUAGCUUCUUUACACCCUGAAGAUGCUUUUGAACGUAUUAGUUAUCUUACUAUGUGUUUCAAUAGAGUUAAUAAUACUACUAGAAGUAAUAUUCUAUCAUGUUUAUUACCUUGGGUUCAAACUGUAGAAUUGGCUUUUAAAGAUUCAGAUUCAGAAGAAGAAGUUGAUAAGAAGAAUGCUAAGACCAUCAAUGAUCUCACACCGGCUUCAAUUAUGGUACUUAAUAAUUUAUUCGAAAUAACAGUCAAAUUCAGUUCCAUUAUUCUGAAUGAGGUUGAAGCUUUAUGGGUAGCUUUAGGUUCGAGAAUUUCUAACUUUGAUAUUAUUGUAGAAUAUCUUAUAACUAAUUCAUUAGAACGUAAGAAUGCUACUUUUGUUAGUUAUGCUCGUCAAAUCAUCGAUUACCUUAGUUUUUCUCAACCUGAUGUUAAUUAUAUGAUUGAUAAAUUAAUAGCUAACUUACAACAAAAGGCUAUGAUUCCACCCAAACCUCAUUCAGUGGUGAAUUCUUUCCGAUCAUCAACAGAAUUUCCUUAUAUUGCCAACUUAUGGGAAUUAAUUCCUUAUAAUGAGAAAGAUACUUCCCUUUCAUUAGGUCAAUUAUCAAUAAUCUUUUUGGUGGAUUUAUUCACUACUCAUACUGAUAGAAUGAUGACUCAUUUACCUUUAUUACUUCAUAUUGGAUUCUCCUUAUUAGACCAUUAUUUACCUAUCGUUCAAGAAGCGGUAUCAACAUUAUUAUGUCACAUACUUCAUUGUUUGGCUAGAACAGAUCCUAAAAUCGAUAUGGUUCUCAAUAAACUUACUAACAAAGAUCCCCUCAAGUACUUGUGGGUAUAUGAUGAUUUAAAUAAUGAUAAAAAGGGUACUAGAACACCUAAGAAUAUGGAUUUAUUAGUUCGUAAUGUUUUGGAAAUUCUUACACCUAUCUCAUCCAACAUCCAAGAGGAAUGGAGUAAAGUGGCGUUAAGUUGGGCAACCACUUGUGCUGUAAGACAUAUUGCUUGUAGAUCAUUCCAAGUGUUCCGUUCAUUAUUAUCAAUUUUGGAUCAACCAAUGUUGAAGGAUAUGUUACAUCGUUUAUCCAAUACGAUUUCCGAUGAAACUCCUGAUAUCCAAGGGUUUGCUAUGCAAAUUUUAAUGACUUUGAAUGCCAUCAAUGCCGAAUUGGAUUCCGCCAAAUUGAUUGAUUUCCCUCAAUUAUUCUGGUCAGGGGUUGCUUGUUUAAGUACCAUUCAUGAGCAAGAAUUUAUUGAAGUUUUAUCAGCAAUGUCGAAAUUUGUUUCUAAAAUUGAUUUAGAUUCUCCCGAUACGGUUUCAUGUUUGAUCUCUACGUUCCCACCUAAAUGGGAAGGAAGAUUCGAAGGAUUACAGCCUGUGGUGAUGGUAGGUUUAAGAUCAUCAACCUCAUAUGAACAAACUAUUAAAUUCUUGGACAAAUUGAAUGUUUUACAAGAUAGUGAAAUAAUCACCAGUCUGAAAGAUUCUAGAUUAUUGAUGACCAUCAUAGCUAACUUACCUAGAUUCUUACAUGCUUUAGAUAGUAAAACCAUGCCAAAGGAGAUAGAAGAAGUAGCUAUGGUAGUAAGUAAUAUGAGUGAAAGAAAUGGGAAAUUUUCUUUGGCUAAAAUCUUUGUAUCAUUAAGUAAGAACAGAUUUAGAUCUAAGAAAGAUUUCUUGGUUCAAACCAUCACUAGUAUUAAGAAUGUAUUCUUCCCAGAAUUUGAAGCACAAACAUUGGUAACUUUACUCGGAUUCUUAUCAAACAAAACCUCAUGGAUUAAACUUGAAACUUUAACCACAUUAAAAUAUCUUAUGCCAUUGGUUGAUUUACAACGAGAAGAAUUCAUUGGUGUUGGAGCUGAUUUAAUAUCUCCGUUAUUGAGAUUAUUGUUAACAAGUUAUGCUGAACCAGCUUUGGAAGUAUUGGAUGAAUGUGUAAGUAUUUCAGGUUCUCAAUUGGAUAAGGAUGUUUUAAGAAUGAGUUUAGGUAAUUCUUCAAUGAAGAAAGAAUAUGAAAGAACAGCUACUUUAUUCGGUAUACCUGAUGAUAGUGGAUGGUCAAUUCCAAUGCCAGCAGUUACAGCUUCUAGUACUAGAAAUAAUGUUCAUGCGGUAUUUUCAACUUGUACUACUAAAGUUGAAGAAAAGGAAGGUCCAAAUGAAGAAGAAUUCCAUUUCCACAGAGAUGAUUAUUAUGUACCACCAAAUAUCCAAGAUAAUGCUACUAUCGAAGAACAACAAGAAGGUGCUUCAUUAAGUCAUAUGUGGGCAGCUUUGGAUGAUUUUGAUUCUUUCUUCACUAAAGAAAAUGAUAAUUUACCCCCUUCUGGUGCCAGAGUUGGUAGUGGGAUGGGUAAUUCUCAUCUUAGUAAUGUUGUGCAUGCAAGAAGUGGUUUGAGACAUAGUUCUACUAACCAUCAUACUCACAGUGCUUCAGUAGAUACUAGUAAUACUAGUGACUCCAUCACUCCUUUGGAUUCAGCACCAUUUGUUUAUGAUAAGAAAGCUUCAGUAAUCUUGAAUCGUAGUUUGGCUAGAACUCAAUCUAACACUUCAUUCAAGAAUAGUUUAGCUGAUUCUAUUGUUAACUCCAGUUAUGUUAACAAUACAAAUAAUGGACAAAUCAAUAAUGUCAAUACUCCAGUUUCAAUGAGUUCAAGAAGGUCAUAUAUUCCUUUCAGAAGUAGUAGAUAUCAUCAACAAUCUCAACAACCAACUUCACAUCCUCAACAACAUCCAAGAGAUUCUUAUACUACUCCAGUGUUACCUACAUCGCCAACAUUUGAAGUUUCAAAUCUUCAUAUUGUAUCUCCAUCUUUGCAUUCUCCAAUGAGAGAGCAACGUAUACCUACAGGUUAUGAUUCUCAGGAAACUAUUAUUGAUUCCACUCCUAAAAUGCUUGAUAGUUUCUUAGGUGGGAAUAAGAAACGGUCUAAGAAACAAUUGAAAAAUUCUCCUAAUGUGGAUUAUAUGAGAUCACCUUCAUCUUCUAGUGUUAAAGUCCUGCCACCAAGUUCAUCACCCAGUAUGAAUUCCACGAGACUUAAAGAGAAGAAACGGGGGUCACAAAAACUUAAAUAG